GAAACAGGCUGACGCUGCAACGGUAAGGAUUAGAUUUAUGAGGCCUUGGAAAGGAGUCUUGAUUCACUCAGGGAGAAUGCUGUGACCUAGGUCAUCCCAUUCUACUGCAAACUGCCCAAGAAGUGGAGGGGCAACAGCUCAUUGUGCCUCCUGGAUUUAAGAAGCUGAAGGCAUGUCUCUUCCCCGACAGCUGCGAGAAAAGAGUGACUUUGACCAGCUUCCAGAUGAUGUACCUGUUUCAGCUAACAUUGCAGACAUUGAAGAGAAGAAAGGCUUUACUAAUUAUUUUAUGUUUGUAAUUGAAGUGAAGAUUAAAGGCGGUGGCAGAUACCUGAUUUUCCGCCGCUACCGUCAGUUCUAUGCCCUGCAUGCCAAACUAGAGGAGAGAUACGGAGCAGAGAGCAAAAAUAGCCCUUUUACUUGCACACUCCCCAUGCUUCCAGGGAAGGUUUAUGUUGGGGCCAAAAAGGAGAUUGCUGAGAACAGGAUCCCUGUCCUAAAUGCCUACAUGAAGAACCUACUCUGCCUACCCAUUUGGGUGUUGAUGGAUGAAGAGGUGCGUCUGUUCUUCUACCACUCAACCUUUGAUAGUGAACAGGUGCCUCAGAGACUGAGACGGCUUCGCCCACGGACACGCAGAGUUAAAAGCGUUUCACCCCAAUUGCCUAUUUUUGACCGCUUGGCAGCUCCACGGGCUGAGGCACUGUUUGAUUUUUCUGGAACCAAUAAACUGGAGCUCAGCUUCAAGAAGGGGGACUUGAUCUAUCUACUCAGCAGAGUAAACAAAGACUGGUUGGAGGGAACAGCUCAUAGUGCCACUGGGAUUUUCCCCUGUGCUUUUGUGAAGAUCAUAAAAGACUUACCACAGCAGGAAGACACCGUUAAUAGAGUGCGCUGUUAUUACCAUGAGGAGACAGUGAGCACUAUCAGGGAUAUCUUGGUGGAAGAGGAUCUGAGCAGCAUUCCAUUAUUCAAGGAUCUUUUGGAAUUAAUAAGGCGGGAGUUUGACCAAGAUGACAUUGUUUUGAAUUACCGGGACCGUGAUGGUGAUCUGAUCCGGCUGCUCUCUGAUCAAGAUGUUGAACUCAUGGUGUCUCAGAGCAGGAGGAAGCCCACUGAGAAGCAUAUCUUCCCUUGGAAGUUGCACAUCACUCACAAGGAUGACUUAAGUGUCUAUAACACUAAUCCAGGAAUAGGUGCUAUUCAAACAGUAAGAACAAUGUGACCACUGCAGAGAGAUGUUCCUGUAGGUAGCUAUAUCAUCCCUCUGUGAUUGCCCCUCUGCAGCUAAUUUUCUUUAACAAAUGUUUGAGGUGAGCUUGAAACAAAUAACAUUUAGUAAUGUAAUACCUUUCAAUAUAAAAUCUGUACCUAGUUAGCUUCUUCAGCUUUUCAAUGCUCCUGUGUAAUAAAGAUAUCUACAUGAAGACCAGAGAAACUAAUGAACAGAAAAAUAAAAUCACUGGCUAUGUUCACAAAGGAAGUCUAUGCUAGCCUGAAAUAGAGGUUUGGUGUCCUGAGCUCCAAGACCAUCUUUAAUUUCCAUCCUCUCUCCUAGAGCCACUUAUUUGCCCAGAAUGUCUUCAUAAGCUUUUUUUCUAGUACUAGCAUAAUUUUCUCUUCACUUGCUGGAAUGAAUGUUUGUUUGCUAAUGCUUAUGAAUGCAGUAAUUAUUUCUGAUUAUUUCUGUCAUCUGGGAGUCUGACUGGGUAUUCAGAGUUUGUUAUGGAAGCAUAAAGAAAACGUUCUGUUAUUUCAGUGAAGAAAGUGCAGCCUACCUUUGCUUUCUUCUUUCCAUUGGGCAAUAUUUUAAAUUCUGUACAUUAAACCGAGUUCCAGUGCUGUGUUACUCAUAGGCUUUUUGUAAUUGUACAGAGUAUUUAUUUCACAUUCUGGGAUAAUUUGUGUGAUGCCUAUCCAAAUAACAAUUUAUUUGCUGUCUAUUUCUUCUUUUGCUUCCUGACACCAUAUCACAAAGCAGAAGUAACACAAAAUUACUGUAUCAGAUUCUUCAACAAGUAAAGUUGCGUAUUAAUUUAUUUUAUCAUUUUCUAUUCAAAUGUUUAUUUUGGUGAUGAAACAAUUCUCCUUUUUUUUCUUGACAAUAAGGUAAUUUUGAAGAGUUUGAAUGUUUCUUUUCAGCCUUCCUUAAGCACAGAGUUAGUCAUUAAAAAAGGUCUUACAACUGUUUCUUUAAUUGGCAGGCAGUCAAAAAUAUUAUAUUCCUGAACAAAUUUUUUGCUGCUUGUAUUACUCAUUUUAUGUAUGUUUUACACAAAUUGUAUCAUACCUAAGAUGCUAUAUUUUAAAAACACCAUGCAGUCAUGUAAUUAAAAGGAGACUGUCACAUAUAAAUAUAAUCAGUAAAUAUAAGAAAUUAAAAGAGGUUCCAAAUGCCA